AUGGAAGACGAUGAUGAUUUUGAUCCAAAUGCUGAAAAAACUAUGUUUAACAUUAAAUAUUCCAGUAUUAAGGAUAUAAGAGAACUUUAGAAUGCCUAAAUGUUAAGUUUAAGAAUAAUGCAUAGUCCAGAUCUUAUAUCAAUGCAAGUAUUUAAAUUUCUUAUAAAUUAGGGGAUUGAACAAUUUAGAUAAUUGAAAUAGUUGAAUCUAUCAUAAAAUUCAAUCUAGGCAAUGAAUCUUAAAACACUAAAUUAACUUGAAGUCUUGAAUUUAUAAUCAAAUAGAAUCAAAGUAAUAAACUGUGAAGGUUUGAGAUCAUUAAGGGUUCUUAAUUUAUCUUAUAAUUUGAUAACUUUAUUGGGACCAUUAUAAAUUGUAUGAGAAUUGAACUUAUUCUAGUUCACAUAAUAAGGCUAUUAAUUGAAAUCGUUAGAUUUAAGAAGUAAUAGUAUAGCUGAUUUAAAUGAACUUAAAUAUCUGCAAGGAAUUAAUUUAUAGGAUGUGUUCUUUAAUAGUGAUAGAAGAAAGAAUCCAAUUUGCGAUAACUUAAAUUUAUAUUACAAAUAGAUUAUCAAAUAUGUACCUUAAAUAGUUAAUGUUGAUAAUAAACCAAAAAAUGAAUUAUAAGAAAAUGAUAGAGAUGGUUCAAAUAAUAUUACAUUUAAAUUACCAAAGUAGUAAUAGGUAAAUAUAGAGAAGGAAGCAGAAAUGAGAGUUGAAGUGAUUUAAUUAUAGUAAAAAGUGAAGGAGUUAUCUUAAUAAAAUAAAGAAAUAAUUUAUAAAUUUGAGUGCAAUGAAAAAUAUUGGAGUAGUAAAUGUUCAAAUUUAGAAAGAGAGAUUAUUGAUUUAAAUAAGUUUAAUUAAGAAUUAAAUUAAGAGAAUAAAAGAUUUAGAAGAGAGAUAGAGUCUUUAAAUGAAUAAAAUGAAUAUGAUAAAUAAUAAUAAAAAGAUUUAAUUAAUAAGAAAGAAAGAAAAGAUGAAUUAAUAACAUAAUUACAAAAUAAAAUUAGUGAAUUACUAUAAUUAAAUGGUCAAUUAAGCAAAGAAAACUAAAUCUUAAAUGAAUAAUAAAAUGCUUAAAAAAUAAAAGAUUAAGAAAAGGAUUUUAAAUUAAAUGAAUACAAAAUCUAAUUAAAGGAAUCUGAAAAAUAAUUACAAGAAUUUCAUAAGAAUGCUGUUGAAUAAGCAAGUUAAACACUUAUGAGAUAGGAGUAAUUAUAAUCAAAGUCUGAAUAGAUUAAUUAAGAGUAUUAAUAUAAAAUAAUAUUAGAAAUCGAUCAUUAUAUUAAGAUAAUUCAUAGUUAAAAAGGAGAAUAUAAGAAUUAUUAGAAAUAUGUAGAGAAUGGGAAGUUAAAUUUGAAAAUUCUCAAAAAGAAAAUGAAUAACAAUUUUAGAUUUAAUUAUAAUAAAUCAUGCAUGAAUAUGAAUAAAAGCUUUAAUUAUAGUAAAAUUAACAUGAAUAAUAAUUGUAAGAAUUAGAAACAGAGAGUAAAUUGAUGUAAGAUUAAUUAGAAAAUGAAUUUCGAAAUUUAUUUUAAGAAAAUAUGGUAUAUUUAUAUAAUGAAAUAAGGAAAAAUUUAAAUAAUUGAAAUUAUAAUAUGAUGAGAAAUGUCGUAUAGAAAUUCAAUAGAAUUAAGAAAUUAAGAUGUUGUAGGGUAGAUUAUAAGAAUAAGAGAUUUUAAUAAAAGAAUUGUAAUCAGCUUUAAUUCGUUUAAAGAGAGAGGUUUAAGAAUUUUGUUAAGAAAAAGAUUUAGCUAAAAGAGAACAUCAAAUUAUUCAAUCAGGAUUACAAAAAGAUAUUAAUAUUCUUUAAGAAUAAUUACUUGAAGCUUAAACAAAAUUAUAAUAAUUUGAUAGAGAAUUGAGAUUGAAAAAUGAUGAAUUAUAGACAAUUAAUCAAGAAAAUGAUAGAUUAAGAGUAUAAAAUAAAUAAAAAAUUUAAAAUGAAUAAUUAGUAGAUGAAUUAUAGACAAAUUUAACAAUUAAAAAUAAAAUGUUGGAUGAUAAAAAUGAUACAAUAGAUGAAUUAAAAUAAUAAUUAAAUUAAUUAAGAAAUUAAGAGGGUAAUGCUUCAGAUGACUAUUUAAAAUUAUAGAAAAAGUAUGAUAGAUAAACAUAAAUUAUUGAUGAAUUAGAAAAUUAAUUAUAACAAAUAUAAGAAGAAUAUGAUUAAAAAAAUAAAGAUUUAAAAGAUAAAAAAUAAUUGAUUUCUAUGUUUGAAAAAGAGAUUGAAGAAAUAGAAAUUAAAUAAGAUAGAGAAAUUAAUGGAUUAAAAUUAGAAAUGUAAGAAAAAGAGAGUUAAUUAUAAGAAUUAGUUAAAAUGUUGAAUAAUGCAAAGGAAGAAUUAAUAAAAAAAGAUGAAAAAAUUAGAGAACUCUUAGUUUAAUAUUAAAAUAUAGAGAAAUAACUCUUUGUAAUUGAUAAAUAAAAUGAAAUUACAAUAAAAUAAAAGGAUAAAUAAAUAGUUGAAAUGAGGUCUUAAUUAUAGCAAAUUUAGGAGGAAUUGAAUUUGAUGAUUUAGGAAAAUAUCUAAUUGAAAACUAAAGCCAGAGAGAAUUUAUAAAAUUUGCACAAAUUAUUUUAAUAAUGA